AACCUGUAUUAUCUCUGCAGGUCCCAGUGAUGCUGGAUUAGUGAUAACCUGUAUUAUCCCUGCAGGUCCCAGUGAUGCUGGAUUAGUGAGUCAACCUGUAUUAUCCCUGCAGGUUCCAGUGAUGCUGGAUUAGUGAUAGUCAACCUGCCUUAUGUCUAUGGGUCCUGUUGCAACUAUCAAGAAAGUUCUUCAGUUCUGGAUUUAUAUUGGAUUUUAUUCUGUAAAAUGACUCAAGCAUUGUGAUAUCAACAAGUGUGUGUCCACCGAUCUUCCACCAUUACAUGCCAGAAUGCUGUCCAUGUGUGGGCUGCUCUGCCGCAUGCUGCGGGGCUGGCGGCACAGCGAAGCUGUCAUGCUCAUGGCUAAGGCACUAACCCAGUCUCACUCAUCACUCUUGGUCCAAGACAUAAAGACUUCUGAUGCAGGUGGAGUAACGGUGAACGAGCCAUGUGGUACUUCUCUGUUUUGUCAGAACAGCAAUGAAGGUACCCUGGGACAGCAACUGUGGCGAGAUAACAAUAAACAAGCAGUCAUUAUCUCGCCAAAGCAAUGUGUAGACUUACAGCGGUGGACCCUCUUCUUCUCCUCCUCUGACAACCCUAGCAGCCCCUCAUGCAAGCGUCCUUUACAGUCAGCCAAUGAAAAUGGCACUUCCAGCAGUGGACACCCAGAGUCCUCAGGAACAAUCACAGUUCUGCUUGAAGCUACCUAUCGUGACACAGAUCAUGAACCUGCUGUUGAUUUUCAUGUUAUGGUGGAACAUUUAUCACAGCCGUAUGCUUGGAAAGCUCGAGAUGUAUUUGGAGUGAUUGUAACAACUACCCCGCCCCAGUUACUUGCCAUGAUCCAGGCUUUCUUCAAUAAUGUUCUUCUCAUUGAUGAUGACUUUCUUAUUAAAAAAAUACUAACCAUUGAUGUUAUUGGUAAGCCAGCUUCCAUGGAAGAUCCACUGAGCAUCCCUCAGUGUAUAACUCCUGGUCCAUGGAAUGCCGACAGAAUGUCUCUCACACAGAUGGAGGUUGCCCGCAGUGUUUCGCCAAUCAGCACUCAGGGGCAGCCAGCAGGUGGGGGAUGUGGGGAUGCUGGGUCCCGAGGAAACUCCCUUCAUCCUCCAUUACUAGCAUCUCUGAUGCGUCAUCAGUCAUCUGGGGAAAGUGCCACAGAUACAUCUACCACUAUCAAUCCUCAGUCAUCCACAGAUAGUGAUAAACAUCCAUCCAGCCUUGACCCACAGUCAUCUUAUGACAGUGUCAGUGACUAUCCAACAUCUGAUGCUGAUGAUGUGCCAUGUAAUGUCUAUAACUUUUAUCCCAGAGGAUGGGCAGUUUCAGGAAAUCAGAUAAUAUCAGGACAACCACUAUCAGUAAGGGGAGUCCUGACCCAACUGGAAGUAAAACAUCAAAGAAAACCUUGCUCAAUUGUUACCAACCCACUGGAGGAUUUGUGGCAUGAAUCUGAGGAUACUCAGAGAGCUCUCCGUGAUAGCUGUGCAGACGAACAAAGUAUUCUUUGUUUAAAUGGAUCUUCUCAGGGUCUUGAAGGAAGAAGCACCUUGCCAAGAGUCAAGAAAGUUGGAAAGGGCUGUGUUUACCCUUAUAGAUGUAUUCAAGGCAGUGUACUUUGUAGAAGACUAGAACAAGCAGAGCCUGGAAGAAGAGAGAGAGAGAUUGUAAAAGAAGCAGCUGAAUAUUAUCAAAGAGCAUUGAACAGUGCUCAUGAACGAAAAGAAUGGGCUAAGAAGAGUAUUAGUUCAGCUAGUGAUGAAGAUACGCCUCUGAAUGAAUAUUCUUUCUCGGGGAUCCAAGAUGAGGCAGUUGUAAUUCACGAGCCUAAAAAAUACCCAGUCAGAAUCAAAAGUGAAGCAGACUUGAGUAGAGCCACUAGUAUCAUCAAAGAUAAUCUUGCUAAUAUUGUUCAAAGAUACCUUGUUAAAUCAGGAAACUCUUCAGAGUGUCAGUACUUCUAUCCCAAGAUUCCUUCAGAAAAUCCAAAUCUCAAGUUAUUAUCUGCUACUGGUGAAUCUCAGGACUUGGUAAUCAGUAAAUGGGUUAAAAGGGUUGAUAGAUGCUCUGCCCCAGCUCAAGCAGUAGAUGAUGUCCACCAUGUUGAUAUAACUGUUGAUCUCUUAAGAAACUCCGACCAGUAUGACCCCAUAAUUGUUAUGGAAAAUAUACGACAGGUUGAUCAUAAUUAUGUAAGAACAAAUGGUAGAACUGAAGAAAGGUUAGUUGAAGAUAAUCAAAAUGUUGAUAACACUCAGCCCUCUGAUGAAAGUGAUGUGGAUCAACUUCAAAUUUUACCUACAUUAACUAAUCAGUGCUCUACUAGAAGAACUGAACAGAAUCCUGAAAUAUGGAUAAGCAGUGAAAGAACAGCUAAAAAUAUAUGUGCGGCAAAGUGUAAACAGCCAGUUAGGUCAACAGGGAGUCGUGAGAAGAAGUUGGUAAAGAGUGAAGAGAUUGUUCCUCCGACCAUGAAGCGAGAAAGUCGUAUAGAUAUUCCUAUUAACAUUGAGGAUGAACUAAAAAAUGUAACACUCUUUGAUCAGGAGGUUGCUAAAGUUAAGGCCUCUGUAAUAGGACAAAGUCUUCAGAAUAUUACUCUAAGCAUUACUGAAAUGCCUGUUGAAGCUUCUGCUACUGGGAAGAUUCACAUUACAAAUAUAGCUAAAGGAAAGUCAGAAGAUACACUAGGUUCACUUUCUACUGAAGAUUCCUCUUGUGAUAAAAUACAGGACAAAACUGAUGGCCAGUUCAAACUAAACAUUGUUAAAGUUCCUGUUAAAUGGGAUGGAAAAGUUAUAGAUGGGGCAGAAACUGUGCAGAGGAUUCAGAAUGACAUGGUUGUUCAUGCAGCAGAUACACCACUGAGUGAACAACAUUCUAAUGAGCCAAUUGCAGGGCACCUAGAACAUUCUAAUGUACUAGAUGCACAAAAGAAUGGUGUUAGCAAAAUUGUCACCACUGAAAAGAUAUUUUCAGACAGGCAUGAAGAUGGGGGUGUCAUAGAUGAAGGUCUGUAUUUUGAUACAGCUCCUGUGAUGAAGGAAGUACAAAUCAAUAAAUCAGCAGAGAGGAGUAUACACAGAGAGCCAGCAGGGAAGACCACACUGAUUCAUGAAAUAUCUUUACUGAGUACACAUAGUGAUGAAUCAGCAGGGAAGAGUAUACACACUGAUGAACAAGCAAGAAAAAGUAUACAUGAUGAACCAGCAGGGGAGAAUAUACAUAUUGAUGGGCUAAGAGGCAAGAGUAUACACGUUGACAAGCGAGUAGGGGAUAGUAUGCAUAUUGAUGAAAUAGCAGAGGUGAGUAUAAAUAUUGUUGAACCAGGAGGGAAGACAAAACAUGUUGAUAAACCAGCAAGGGAUAGUAUACACACUGAUAAACCAGCAGGGGAGAUUAUACACAUAGAUAAACCAGCAGAGGAGAUAGAUAAACCAGCAGAGGAGACUAUACCCAUUGAUAAAUCAGCAGGGGAAAUCCUCAAUGAUGUAGAUAUAACAUUUGAUCAUGUUGAUACUCUUAAUAAUUCUGCCAUUCUCCAAGGAAAUGAAAUUAAUUCAUCAACAGUGGCUGAACUUGCUUCCUCCGAAAUAUAUAGAGAGUCUUCCAAGGUCUCUAAUGAGAAAUUUGCUGAUAUUCCCAUUAUUUUUGGCAUGAUGCUUAGCACUGAUCACCCACAGGAGAGUGAAAAAUGUGACACAUCACUUCAUUAUGAUAACCUAGGGACUAGUGAUGUAGUCAUUCUUGAAAGUACUGAGGUGGAUGAGGAAUCAUCUGACACAAAUGAUGAUACAAUGAGAUUAACACAAAGACCCAAGUGCUUGAAGGAUAUUCACAAACUUAACACCAAGUCAAGUACAGCCAGUGAGAGCUCAUUCGAAUCUUUGCCUUACAGGAUGCUUACCUCUCAGCCAGAAAGUCUUACAGAUGACAUAGCUAUAGAACUUACUCGAGCUCCCCCAGACUCUGAGAAAUUGAAAGCUGCUAGACUGGAAUUAAUCAGACAGGAGCGCAUCAAUGCCAUCUCACUUCAUAGUAUGUCCCUCAUGGAGUCAAGGGAUGAUUUUAGAUGCAAAUCUGUCUCGCCAGAGGAAGAAUCAAAAUCAGAUGGUGUAUUAAUAGAUCCAGUGUUAGGAACAACCCAUAUGUAUAACGAAGAAAGACAGCUUGACACACACAGCAACUCUAUGUUUGAUUCUGGUGUGGAGAUAAUGGUGCAAGAGCAAACAAACAUUGUUGCAUCAUCGCUUGUCAAGUCAUUUCCCAGCCCUGUUGAGUCGGUUCCUGAAUCGGGUUUCUCGAGUCUUAAAGAGCCUUUGGCUCUUGAAGGCACAGUUGAUGAGGGUGGGUUUGAUGUUCAUACUGGAGUUUCUCUUAGCAAAUCAAAAGAUAGUCUUGAUCUCACUGAUACUGAUCGCUUCCUUGGGACUGAUACCCUCUCGGAUGAUAUGGAAACACUUUCUCUAAGUGCUGCAGAUGUAACUCUUGUAGAAAGUGGGCCUGUUUCUACAGAGGGGUCAGCGAGAGGAAGUAUUUCUGAUUCUUUACAUCCAGAUAGCACCCUGUUAAAAUAUUAUUCCAGUGAACCUUCCAGUUUAAAUGUUAAUUCUGUAUCAUUCCCAGUACCUGUAGAAACGUCUUCUAAGUAUGUUUUCUGUGAUGAGCAUCAUCAGCAUUUAUCAGUUUCUGAUUUAUCUCAUAUCAGUCAUACACUGGAUUCAUUACCCCCAAAGAGUCUGUUAGAACAGUUUUAUGAAUCGCAAGAAGAUGCACAUACAAGCAAAGGAACAGAUGAGGUAUCACCAUAUAUUCUAAAAUCAAACCUUACAAUGAGGUUGGAUGAAAAAUCAAUUAAAUGUCUCUCUAAUGAAGGCAAUGGAUCAAAAUUUCAAACAAGUGAAUCUCUCUCCUCAGAAGAAACUGUAAUAUCAAAGAGGUCACUUGAAGAUCAGAUUUCUAAAUUUCCUUCUCAAGAGUCACAGGAAGAGCCAUCUGAGUUUUCAGAACCUCCAGCGAGACUUUCGAAUAAUGUUAUAGAGAGUGAAAUAAAUAGAGAAAACGUUGUUGAUAUUACAGUUGAAACAUAUGCUAACAUUACAGAGGCAGUUCAUUCAGUGGCUGAAAAUGAACUACAGAAUAUGGGGGCAGUUGAUAAAAUACAAGAUUAUCGUGAUGCUUCAGCAGUAAUCUCAGAUGGUCAUCAUUUAGCUUGUCUACCAGACAAAGUAUUAAACGAAUUUGAAAAAGAAAAAUAUUUGAAGAAAGCUGAUGAUGAAAUUAAUGCAGUUAAGGAACCAGGCCCCGAGUUAAAUGGGUCUUUUAGUGCAAGGGAAACUAAUACAGAGGAGAAUGUGAAAGUUGUAACUGACGUUGAAUGUGAAUUUACCAAGACUGAUGAAUUUAUACAAGCUGGGCCUAUCCAAAAUAAUACAGAACUUCACUUAUCCAUUGCAGAUAAAUUGAAAUUGCUAAAUAACUGUGAACCACUUGUUGGUUCAAUAAGAGAAGAGUCACAUACUUUACUUAAGAACUCAGAUAAUGUAAUUAAUGGAACUUUUUCCCUUCAAUCUGUAAAGUCUAAUGAGGCAGAGUUAAACUCCAUAGAAGGAUCAGUAGCUUUACCUCAUAACAAAGAAGUCAAGGGUGGUGAGACAAGUUCUAAUACUGAUGUAAUUGUGUCUGUGACAUCAGACACUUCCAAAAAAAGUGAUAGUGAAAAGUCAAGUCCCAAUGCUAAUGAAACAUGUAGUACUGGUACUUCAGACAGGCCAAGCAGAAAUUCUAGUAAAAGUGGAAUUUCAGAUCUUGAGGAUGAAGUCUUCUUACCACCAAGAGAAAACUACAUAUUUGAUGGUAGGCCUGUGAUUUACUGUCCAAAAAUUGAUAUGGCAAACCAGAUUGGAAUUUCUCCUCCUAAAGUAGCCAUGAGUGUAUUUGCAGUUGUUCCUUCAAAGGAUACAAAUAUAGGUAAAGGAGCAGCAUGGAUUGCAGCUAAUAAGGAGGAAUUAUCAAAAUUUCAUACCUAUUCAGUGAUGCCCAAAUUGGCUAGUAAUGUAAAUACUGGAGAAGAAACAAUAACUGACAAGUCAGUAACACAACCAAAUGAGACUACAUUUCAAGAUGAUUCUUCCAGUGUUAGAGAGGAAGAAGUGCAAUUGACAGAAGAGGGCAUGAAGCAGUAUGAGGUAUCUGUUGAUAUUCUUAACUUAAUAAAUGAAAAGAACAAACAGAGUUUAUCAUUAGAGUCUACACAACAAAGAGCUGGGGAGAGAGAACACUGUAAUUUAAUGCAUUCCACACAAAUCUCUCGUGUGAAAAUCAUGAAUGAAAAUAAUGUUGCAAGCCCAGAAAUUCGGACCGAUCAUCAGAAUGUGGGUGAUGCUGAAGUGCAGCAGAGAAAGAACGUGGUUGAAGGAUGGUCUCAAAACUUGAUACAGAGUGAGUUUGAGAGCUCUGAUGCUAGAUUGGCAAUGCCUGUCACCACCUCUACACCUGCUGUGAUGAAAGGAACAAAAAGAGAGGAAGACUAUCAUAGUAGCUUGGACAAAGUGGAUAGUAAUGAGUAUAGAUCUAGAAGAGACUUGCAGAAGGAUGAAUCAGAAGUAAAGCGAGAAGAAAUUGCUUCCAUUGACACUCACUCUGCACUUCAGACUGAAGAAGAUGGCUCCUUAAGGUCUUGUGAUAAAAUUCAUAAAUAUAUAGUUUCAUUAUCAGAGAAUAGAGAACUCUUUUCAAAAUAUGUAGCUGAAUAUUCAGAUAAACUCUCACCAAAAGAUAUGGGGGAACAUAUCAAACCCAGGUUACUGCGUAUGCCCAACCUGGAGAGAACUGACACUACUGCAUCUCCUCCUCAUCAUAUGUCUCUUAAAAGUAAAAGCUCUGAUAACUCAGACAAUACACCCCAAGAAUCUCCUAUAGUAUCUCCUGCUAUGAAUUUUGACAAAAAGAAAGAUACAUUUUCGGUUCCAGGUUUGUCAGUGGACGCAUAUUCUUCAUCAAGUCCCGUGUCUGUAGAGGCAACUGAUGAAGAAAAUUCAGUUAUCGAGAAUACAUCGAAUAUAGAAUUAACAAAUACUAUGAAGUUAGAUGAGGAAACUAAUGCUUGCCCAAAAGUUCCAGAACCUUGUGUUGAAAGUAUACACUCGACUGGAGAAUAUACACCUCAAGAUAGUGUAUCUUCAGAGGAAAAUGUAAUAAUAUGUGGGAAAAGUCAGAAGGAAGAGUUAAUGAAAGUGUUGACGGGUUCUGAACCAGAGUUAAAAAAAUUUGGCAGUGAAGAAUCAUCAUUGCUAACACUUGACAGCCAUGGAUCGUCAAGUUCUAAGGGCUACCUUGAGCCAGAUCUAAGAUCUAUUAGCUCCAGCUGGGGUGCCAGUGGAUCUUUAGAGUGCCUUGAUAGGGACAAAAGUGAAAAAGGAUCCCACACUCACAGGCAUUGGUCAAUAACCACUGCAAAAUCUGAAGAGCUUGCCAUGAAGUGUGAUAAAGUGAGCCUAAAGUCACAAGGCUCCUUAGAUAAGUUUCCACACUUUGAUCAGGUGAGCUCCCAACAGAAAGCUCGUGGAGCACGCAAGAAAAUCCAGUCUGUUGAUAUUGAACAAACUGAAAAAAAAGAUUUGAACAAAGAGAUGCACAGAAGUGUCACUCUUCCUGCAGGAUCGAUGGUACCAAGUAAAAAAGAUGAAAAAAAGAAAGAAAAGGAAGAGAAAACCAAGAAAAAGAAAAAAGAUAAGGAGGGAAUAGGAAACAGUGAGAAAAAAUCUGCUAUGUUAUCACUGAAGGGGUUAUUGAAGAGAAAUAAAUCUAAAGAAAAAGAGAAGGAGAAAGAAAAAGAUUCAUCUCAAGAAAAAUUGUCAUCACCUUCUUUAUUCAGAAAACUUGAGAGGAAGAAUAAAAGCAAUUCACUGUCCCCACGUCUUGAUGAGAAGAGACACGGAGAGCAAGGUAAUGUUGGUAAUGCUUCUCGUAGAGAUGUCGAAAAUACCAAACACAGUCCUGUAGCAACUAAUGGCAAAACACGUCCUGUAAUUAGUGGUCCCCUUAGUAUGCACCAAGUAGGUAAUAUGGCAGGCAUGGGUGUAGCAACAACCAUCUGUAGAGGCAGUGGUGGAUUGACAGCUUCUGGAUCUGAUAGCGACAGUCCAAUUGGGAGUCGUCAGUCUUCUCCUAAGCGUAUCAUUAGCCAUCCCCGUAUGGCUAGCCUUGGCACUCAGCCAUCUCCAAGAUUAUAUAAGCACGUCCUUACCCGACAUCUUUCAAGCAGCCAAGAGUCAAUAGACAACCCUCUUCUGUCAUCAACACACUCAUCCCCACAGACAUCUCCUCAUACAUCUCCUAAAAGAGUGGUUAUCCCUGCAUCAGCUUCUUCAUACAGUCUUCCUGCCAGUAGAGAUAUGAGUCCUCCAGCCCCAGUCAUGGGUACUCGAGCCCUCAGAGGAUCCAGCAAUAGUUUUUCAGUCACUAUAGGAUUUAAACCUAAAGUCGAAAAGAGAAAUAGAACCAUGAGUGAAGGUGCUGACCUUAAUAAAGUUUCACUUUCUCCAGUGUCUAAAAGGAAGGAGGGUUCACGUAUUUUGACACAACUCAAUAAACGAUCGUCUUCUAUGGAAAUUCUUGUGUGUGGUAAAAUCAGGGAACAUUGUUCACAGAAUGGAAAGUCUCCAGGAGGAAGCCCAUUCUCACGGGAGGGAAGUUUUCGCUUACACAGGGAGAUCUCUGUAGAGACCUUGUUUGAACUUCCUGAGACAAGUCCCAGAUCUAACAGGACUCAGGAGGAGUAUCAGGAGUAUCUAAAUGAAAUUCAUGCUAGAAAUGACUCUCAGCAUGGGUCAUCUUGGAGUUUAGUUGAAGAUUCUGAAAUGGAAAAGGUCUAUGCAGAUGCUGCUAAUAGGCGAAGCUCUCACCAUACUUCAGCUGGGAAAAAACUCAGUCUACCACACAACAUGCAUCUUUCAGGACUGUGCGAGACGGCAUCAUCAAAUUCAAACCUUCAGCGCACUGGUUCACCAUUUGUUAGAGGUGUCCCACACAGCUCCAGCUUCACUUCCAGCCCCUUCAGAAGACCUCAUUCAUCUGCAGCAGUAUUUUCUCCAGCCAAACGUGUUAUGUCUGCUCGCAGAAUGAUGAUAAUGGCAGGUGGGUCUCCGUCAAGCGAGGCUACGCCAGGAGCACCGCUCAUGAGGGUGGAGGAGGAGGGACCUUGCAGGAAGAAUCUUGACAGUGCCACAGAGAAGCCUCCCAAUGUUCUUGUGUAUGCUGCUAAUAAAACUGAAUAUUUUACUGCUGUCAAGGAGACCCUCUUAAAUUGUCUCAAUGUUGAUAGGUACACUGUAUAUCAACUGACAGAUGAAAUGGCUUUUAAAUCUCCCUGGGCUGGAAGUACUACCCUCUUAGUAGUGUGUGGUGAUGUUCCAGCUCAUGUUUCUACAGUUUUCAUCAGGUAAUGUUAAAUUAGUGUACACGUUACCAACAUUUCUAA